AUGAAGGCAUACUAUGAGGCCACUGAAGAGCCUGAGCCUGAGGUUCCGUCAACGUCGACGGCAGUUGGCAAUCAAUCUCCCGAACCAGAAAUGCCUAUACUGAACUCUGAGACUUCCGCUGGUAGGUAUUAUGAGCGUGUAAACGAAUAAUGGGUGCAGAGUCCGUGGAAGACAUGGACGACACAAACGCAGUUGGAGGCAAGUCCUUUCUGGAGGCCUUGAAAGAAUACGCCCUGGAAGUGCAAAUUGGUUUCAUGGAUCGAGGGACCGGUAUGGCGGCCGGGCUAAACGCCAGAAGGCAAUUGGAGGGACUAGCGAUGAUACACGUUGCCCCACACUGCCUCCAUCUGAAGAGACGGUAAUUACCAUUAUAUGAAAUUUACAUAUUUACGGUUAAUUAUUCAUGCUGCUACUGUGAACUUAAUUAGUGUGAAAAUUGUCAUUUAAAUUUUAAAGUAUUACUUCCCUUCCGUCGACCAUGUGUCUUCCAAACAAGUGUUUUUUUUCAAUUAUAGGAACCAGCCGUCGAUGCGGGGACUUCUGGAACGCCCAACUGAAUGGCAUAACAUACGUUGA